UCAGACCAAAUCUCAUCUCAUCCAUAUUAUAAAAAGUAAGCCUACAACUCACAAAAAAAAAAAAAAAAAAAAAAAAAAAAAAAAAAAACCUUAAUUAAGCUGUAUUAGGUUCUAAUAAAGAAAAGUAAAAAUAAAAUAAAACCGUACUACUACUUUGUAAAUUUAUCCAUAACUAAAGUGUUCUUAGCGAUGGACCAUCAACAAUCACUCACCAACCUAGCAGACGUCUCACUGACUCUCACCGGCCGUCUGUCGUCAACGGAGGCGAAUAAGAACAAGAACUUGGUCAUCUCACCACUCUCACUUCAUGUCAUACUUGGUGUGAUCGCUGCCGGAUCAUCUGGCUCAACUCGUGACCAACUUCUUACGUAUCUUAAGGCUAAUUCCUCUGAUGAACUCAACAAACUUUGUGCAGAGCUUGUAUCACUCGUCUUUGCUGAUGGCAGCGCCACCGGUGGGCCUAAGUUGAGCUAUGCUAAUGGUGUUUGGGUUGAUCAAACUCUUCCUCUUAACCCCACUUUCAAACAUCUACUUGAUCAUGUUUACAAAGCUUCUUCUAAUCAAGUUGAUUUUUGCAACAAAGACAACGAAGUGGCCUUAGAUGUGAAUUCAUGGGCUAAGGACAAGACUAAUGGCCUUAUAAGCGAUUCGUUAGCUCCUAACUCCAUUGAUUGCAACACAAAGCUCAUCUUUGCAAACGCAAUAUACUUCAAGGGGGCAUGGAAGGAGAAGUUUGAUGCAUCACGAACAAAGGAAGAUGACUUUUAUCUAUUGAAUGGCAACUCGAUUAAGGUUCCUUUUAUGACCACCAAGUAUGAUCAGUUCAUCAAAGCUUUCAUUGGUUUUAAAGUUCUUCGUCUUCCUUAUGAACAAGGAGAAGAAGAUAAGCGUCAAUUUUCUAUGUAUCUCUUCCUUCCAGAUGAGAAAGAUGGGCUUCCCGCCUUGAUGCAGAAACUAAACUCAGAACCUGCUUUUCUACAUAAGCUUCUUCCACUAUUAGCUCAAAAAGUUCAAGCAGUUGAAUUUAAGAUUCCUAAGUUCAAGUUUUCAUUUGGAUUUGAGGCUUCAAAUGUUUUAAAGUGGUUGGGAGUUGAGUUGCCCUUUAAGGAGGGUGGCCUUACUGAAAUGACAGACUCAUCAUCCGCCAUGGCUCAGAAACUUUAUGUUUCAGACAUUUUCCAGAAAUCCUUUAUUGAGAUCGACGAGGAAGGGACUGAAUCUGCUGCUGCUUCUAGAGCUCUAUUUAAGUGUUGCAGAAUGCCCAUGUUAAAUUUCGUAGCUAACUAUCCAUUUAUGUUCCUUAUAAGAGAUGACAUAACCGGAGCUGUGUUAUUCACUGGACAAGUUAUGAAUCCUCUUGAGGAUUAAAAAGUUCGAGUUAGAAUCAGUCUUAGACAAUUGUAAAUGUAUCUAGUAUCAAUGUUGUGAGCGUGUUAUAGUUAAUUAUUAUGCUUUUCAUUUGAAAUUUAUUUAGUGACACACUUUGGCAAGUCAUCCAUCUAUUUGUAUUUCCUCUAGGGGAUAUGAUCUGUAAUGUAUAUCAGAGAUAUUGGUGUAGUCUGAUAACAAAUAAAGUCAGAGUUUGGUUCGCAACAUCUUAACAAAUUAAAUACAGUAAG